GGAGGGACGACAACGGCGCGCAUCGAUUGGCGCGCUAGCCGUGACCCCCACCACGGUGCUUUCGCUUUCACCCAAUGGGGCCUCACUUUCGCGCUCGGCCGCGCGCCGAGCCACGGCAACCGGCACGCUGUCGUCGUCGCCGGCGCUCAGUGAGUGGUGCACCCUACGUGCGAGCAAGUGUUUUGCGUCGUGGACUCUCUCUCCUCAGCGUGGCCGCCGCGAGCAAAAACGGGGAGAAAGAGCAGUACGAGGAGCCUCGGUGUGUUGUUUGUUGCUUUAUCCCGCCCCCGCGUCCACCGAUCUCUCCCGCAACCCCUCGAUCGAGGACGCAGCCUCGAAGACGACGACCUCCUCCCCCCCUGUCAACGUCAACUUCCAUCGACCUCUCGGCUUUCCCGUCGCCGGUCCUGCCGAUCGUUCGCGAACCGGACUCUGGGAGACGCGAUCGCCGCGAGAGAGAGGAACUUUGCGUGUUCGAGCGGUGCGCGCGCGCUUAGCGCCCGGUGGUGACCCUGACAUUCGAAACCAGCGCCAGUCGCCACGCGACGUCCGACCGAUCGGUCCUGCACAUCCGGCGUCCUGCAGGGAGAACCAGUGUGCGCCCUCGGCGGUUCGCUUCGUGGUCGCGAGCCGCGUGCCCUCGCGAGAAGACGCGGACUUACCCUGUUGUGUGACCGGUUCGAACCAUCGGUGACCUUGACUUUGGUGCACGACGCCCACGAUCGAGAUCAUCCUCCCGGAGGAUCGCGCGUCGCGUGUGGAUCAUCCUGCCGCUGCCACCGGCGGCCCCCGCCUUUUGUGACUCCAACGUCGUCGAGGAAAUUUUGUUCGGCGUAGGCUGUUUUUUUAAUUUUUCGCGGGCACUUCCGGUUUCGUUGAUCGAUGAAUGGGUGUGCGUGAGCGGGGACCAGCGAGACGCGGGAUUUGCGUGAAGAUGAAGGAAUAGUGGGCCUGUCCGGGAUCGUUUUUUUUUCGAGAUCGAACUAGAAGAGAAUAACAUACCAUCGAUCCGUACGAUUCGAGAGGAGAGAGAGAGAGAGAGAGAGAGAGAGAGAGAGCUGUCUGCGAUUAUUCGAUCGGUGUGUUCUUCUUUGGGGUAGAAUUUUUCGGCUUACCGAGUUGGAUCGAAGGGCAGCACAGACGGGGUCCGAGGUUUCGGCGAUCUUGGCACGGUUCAAGGAUCUUGGGGUGAUGGCACCGCGUCGUCACACGAACGGUCACGGUGGUGCGCUGCUGGAGAACGGCGGAGCCGGUGCCGGCUUGGAGACCAUGGAGAACAACAACCUGCUGGCACAGUCGCAGGCGACGACCCGCUGUUGCACGCCGACUGGAGAGUGUCUCAGAGGCGACGCGCUGAUCCGGCUGAGCUCUCUACACGACACGGUCAAGGUGUCCUGCAACAACGAGAGCUGCCCCGUGGGCCAGUUCAUGCACCGCGAGUGCUUCGACGCCUGGGAGCAAACCGUGCUCACCUAUCUGAAGAGCUGCGGCCGCGCCCGCAGCUGGUCCGAGCGGCAACGCCACCAGAACCUCUGGACCAAGAAGGGUUACGAUCUGGCGUUCAAGGCCUGCGGCUGCCGCUGCGGCCGCGGACACCUGAAGAAGGACCUGGACUGGAUGCCGCCGGGCUCCGGGGCCAACGCCACCGGGAAUCGUCCCGACGAGAACGAGGCCAAGAAGAAGAAGCGCCGCAAUCGGCAGAACAGCAGGCCCACGCUGGCCGUGUCCGCGGGCCCGCCCAGCCACGGGAAUCAUGUUUCUGCGAACGGACGCGGCGCCACUGAGGUACAGUUGAUCGAGAAUGGACGCGGCAGGGCUGGAUCCUUGUCCUCCAGCACCGGGUCCAGCUCCCCUCCGGCCACGUCCGAACCGAGUGUCAGUCCUCUGCAUCAACCCCAGGCUAUCAUGAAGAAGAAGAGCAAGGUCGACUUCUUCAGCGAUCGAGCACGGCAAAGCUGCGGCGCGAACGGCAUCUUCUCACGCCGCCUGGACUUCAGCGCGUUCAACAGCCUGCCCCGCACCAAGCUGAACUCUUAUCACAUCAAGAUGGAAGACGAGGGCAACCACGGCAACGAUGACACCAGAUGCUUCAUCCUGUCCACGCUGGCCGCGCUACAGUGGUCCAGAGUGUCCUGCGUGCUGUGCCGCGCGCCUAUGCUCGUUUUUGACAGGUAUCCGCUCGUCGACGGCACGUUCUUCCUGUCCCCGAGACAGCACUCGCCUGCUUGCGCCGAGGUGAAGGUCGAAGGUCGCACGCAGUUUCUGUCAGCAGUGUGCAUGAGCUGCCUGGAAGGUAGCGGCGGCCAGCCGGUGCGUUGCCGUUGUUGUACCCAGCCGUGGGACGGCUCUAGCUUAGUCCUUGGAACGAUGUACAGCUACGAUAUCUUCGCUGCCAUGCCCUGUUGCACCGAGCGACUCAAGUGCAACAGCUGCCAGAAGCCUCUGAUCUAUCCUCACCAGCGGCUGAACUUCUACUCGGACUACAGCCGCGUUUUCGCCUGUCCCCAUUGCAGAGCCGUGGACGCCCAUUUCGUGAAGCCGCUCUCGGUCUGCUUCACCCGCGAGCAGUUCCAGCUGUACAGCCAGUGGCCGUAACCAUUAGGGAACUUAGCUAACCGGCGCCUAAGCGCCGCAACCGACCCGUGUCCCCUCUUCUUCGACCCGCUGUUCUCCCUGCUCCGGGCGACCUUGCUCUAGAUCCCGCAGAAAAACACACGCAGUUUUCGUCGGACCGUUUUUCUUUUUUUUUUCUUAAAUCCUCUCUUCGGGGGCACCAGAUCCGAGGAGAGAACGUCGUCAUCAUCAUCAUCGUCAUCGAGGAGAACAGGAAGGAAACGAGUCUCGCGGACCGCCGGUGCCCCCCCGUUCGCGCACGUUUCCCUCUCUCCACGAUCGACCUAGAUCGCCGACCUUUCACCUCCAGGCACUCUCCAAUUGCGCUGGGAAUCAGACCAAAGCUCAGUUUUCUAACACGGUAGCUAAACGUGUUUGUAGCGCUAAUCGCCUAGGCCGCGAGUUUCGUAAAUCGAUGGUUGCAACUUCGAGCACUAGAUUCGCGGAGAGAGAGUUGAAGACCUUUUACAGUGAUUUUUAUUUCACGCAGAGAUCAGCGGUCUAGUUGUUGCGGAUAGUAUUCAAGAAUUUUCUUUUAGUCCUGCUCGUACUGCUCGAUUAAAUUAAUUAAAUCCGAAAGCAGACUUUCGAUUCUCGUUGCAAUCCCCUUCGUAGAAAUGUUUCAGUCGACGGUUCGAGUCGAUAUUUUCGCUGUCAGAGGAUUCGAAGAACAAUGGAGGAACCACCCGUAGCUCUCUUUGGUCUGGUUAGCCAGCUAGCAAUCGGCGAAGAUCGGCGAUCUAUUAACCGAGGAGACGCUGAACAUGGAACAUUCCUAUCGAAGCCGAAAUUUUGUGUUUCUUUACUAAAAAAAGGAAAAAAACCACCUUCGACGAGGCAGAUUUUAUUUCGUUUCGAGCCAAGUGAACUCAUUAAUUUUCGUAGAUCGGGCAACGCCGAUCCGUCAUAGAGAGGAUCGAGAGGGAACCGUGGCGAUCAUCCGGGCAACCUCGCGUCUGCGAUAGGUUUUAAGACUUUUUUCUUUUCCGGCGUCGAUCAGUAGAGAUUUAUCUAAUUGCGAACGCGGGGACGAUGGGUCCGCCGACGUGGAUCGAUUCCAAGGGGGACCGAGGCGCGCGACGAUCGUGGACGAUCUAGGGCCCGCGGAUUUGCAUCGUCAGUAUUAUCGGUAAGGAUCGGAAAUGAAUCCCAGGACUCUGUCUGCGUGUAAAAAAAGCUGUUUCGCUUAAGUUUAACCAAAAUUUGAUUUAGGCGGCGCGAUAUUACUUUCGUUUUAGGCGCGGGGACGGGGAGAGCGCCUGCUCGAUCGUAGCGGCGGGGAUCCCCGUUUCGCGGAACCUAGGUUUAGGCGUGUUUUCUGUAAAUUUUAGCCCACGGAAAUUAGCGAAGUAACCCUUUUGUUUGUAAUCUGGUUAGAAUUAAGACGAAUUCGGCGGCGGUUUAGGCUUAAAAUUCGGGAUACGCAGGGUUCUAGCGUCCGAUCCGGCACGAUCUUGACACGGAAUGCGACCGAUCGCGAACAAUCGUCCCCCCGCGUUCGUUCCCUGACACAAUAGUAGUCGCAUAAUUACGUUGACAGUCUGCGAAAGAAACGGAGGAAACACGAUGCGAACGGUUCGAGACGCGGAAAAUGGAGAGAGAAAAUUUGAGAGAUUCAGAGGAAUUGGGAGAGAGAGAGAAAGAGAGAGAGAGAAAGGGAGUGAGAGAGAGAAAGAAAGGAUCGAUUUCCGGUUCGGAUCGAUCCGGCGUGCAUCGGAAAACGACGAGCAGAGAAACGAUGGCAGAAAAAUGGUGGAAAACGUAACGGACAAAAAAUGGUAGAAAGGCCACAUUGUAACGAAAAGGGGGAAGAGAUAUUGAACUAUCGUUUGUUACUUAGAUAAUCGAGAACGUUGUUUUUUUUACAUUUUAUUAGUUUAUACGUUUACGGCGGCCAUGUUGAUUUUGUUUAAGGAUCUACACGACUCAUUCGAUGGGUUUCACGUUGAUCGGCCGGGCGCCCAGCGAUUUUCCGCCUCGGAGGUGUACGAUACAUACACACAUAUGCUUCACACGCGCAUAUACACAUGCACACGUACACGCAAACACAUUACACACACGCGCGCGCACACGCGAAAACAAUGUAUAAUCUUCUUUUGUUCGAAACAUAGCACGUUCGUUCGUUUUCGAUCUUAUCCGAGUGGUUUUAUUAUUUCUUUUCAUUCGAGUUAUUCCCGUCACCCUGCUUCCCGAACCGUCCCUGUUCGAAUUAACCGUGAACCAUAACACGAUCGACCCGACACAGGGACAAGAGAGAAGGUAGCUUCCCGCUUUCGCCCCCUCUGCUAUUUUCAUUUUUUCAGACCACGUGACAACACCGAACCGAAAUCUCUCGGAGGACUAGAAAGUCGCGGGCGUCCGUAGUAGCCAGUGUAAAUACGUAAUUUAGCGGGAGGGAGAACCAAAUGUGUUUUUGGUGAUAGAACGGGAGAAAGUGAGGGGGAGAGAGAGAGAGAGAGAGAGAGAGAGAGAGAGAGAGAGAGAGAGAGCGAUGAGCAAGUGCGAGCGAGUAGAGCAAGCAGAGAAGAAAAAUCUUCGUUUUUUCUGGCGAUGCUGGUCGUUGCUGUCCAUCAAUAGCGGCCGUCCCACAAACAGACCGCCCACCGUUUCCCAAGGUAGUAUAGUCGAUCGUGUACCUUCUUUACGUUACUUCGAUUUCAAAGUAUACUUAAUCCAUUAUACGCCGGGAAGUGUAUUUAGCAGAUUUAUAUAAUGUCCCGUAGAGUUUUAGCGUGGAUCCUUCGGAACGCGUCCGCGGCUCCCUCGAGAACAACCCGCCGAAGAAACUUUCGGACGGCGGAAACGCGGCGCACUUUUUUUAACGAGCGCUUUAACGCGACCAUCGAAUUUCAGCGAAACCGGCGCGGCACACGAAUUUCGAAAUUCCACGAACGUUGCGUAACCGAGAAACGGCCGGUAAUAUCGAGAAGCGGAGAUAAUUCUUCGAACGUCCGUGAAAAUUCUUCCCCCCUCCCCUCCCGAUGUCCGUGAAAAUGGAAGCUAAAAGUAGCUCGGAACAUCGGGAACCAAAUGAAAAUGAUAUACAUUCGAUGUCCGUGAUAAUUAAAUCCAGGAGCGCUCGAAACAGUUCGACAAAAAAAUUGAAACACAGCUCGGAUUAUCGGGAACGAGGCGAAAAUUAUUCUUCGACGACGUCCGGGAACAGCGAAGAUACGGGAGAAAUUAAAAAUUGAAAUAUCAUCGAGCAGCCGAAACGAUUCUUUCCAUGUCCGUGGAAAUCGAGACCGCUCUAAAUUCAAAUAAUCCAUUGUCAUCCGUGAUAAUCGAGGACGGAGCUCACGGUUUCGGAAACGAAGUUAGCGCGGAUUUCCUCGCGGAAUGUUUCCUAGGGAUUUCUAUCGCGCUUAGGCGAGUACGGAAGCGCGUUAUUUGCACGAUACCGCGGAAACUGUUAGGCUCGAGACGAUCGCGGGGAGAGAGGAUAUCCAGAAAUUUUAUGCCGCGUUAACGAGCGCGUCGUUCGCGAUAGACAUCCCCUAAUUACCGGCCGCGACGGGCGCGGCAAUUUGCAAAAUUUCGCGGUCCGCCGAUCGCGUGCAAUUAAUGCAGCUGGAACGGUCAUAAUUGCGACGAGAGCCGCUCGAGUGCCGGGAAAAAACGUAUCGAGAAGUGUGUCGAGCGAGAAGAGAGACACACACCACCUGCCUCCUUAAACUUGUCACUCGGGCCAAUUGACAGUCGCGUUCCACGCGAUGUUUUCACCGAAACGAUCGCGCCGGGCCCGACGAUGCCAACGAUAAUUACGAAAAUUACGGAAAGAACGCGCCGCGAAUCGCGCCGAGGGAGCCGGGACACGCGGCGUUCGCAAAUGCCGGAGCGGCCCAAUUUAAUCUACGAGUGAGUAAUUAGAUCGAGAGUGCGAGAGAAGGGGCAAAGCGUGUCCGCGCGAGUGUGGGAAGUGUGCUAGCAUGAGCGAGAGAAUGAAGAGCGACAAGGAGAAUCAUUAAAAAGGGAAAAAUACAACAAAAAAAAGGAAGAAGAAAGACGAGAGAGGGGAGUAAGAGACGGCGAUCGAAGGGGGAUACAGGGGGGGAGUGUAGAGCGUCGUCCACGUGUGGGACCCUUCUUCGAUAGCCAAACGGGCGACCAGCCGAAAGAGUGCGUUAUAUAAGCUUUUAACCAAUCCGAUCGAAGCCGCGCGAAGAAAACCGCGUUUCCAUUUCGUUCGCCGUUUUUCCUCUAGCACGGAUCCAUUCGGACUAAUUCGAUCUCGCGAGAGAAUAUGGGAGUCGGAGGAGGAAGAGGAUCUCGUUGCAUUUUUCUCAGAGUGCCAAAUAGAGAAACGAGAAGGAGUCGAAGAGAGAGAUAGAGAGAAAGAGAGAGAGAAGAAGGAGAGGGUUGAUUGAUAUUUCGGUUCGGUUUUGCUUUUUCGUAGCUUCCUCGCUUUUCACCCGGACUCGCGACUGGUCCGAGACACCCGACGGACAGCGGCGAUAAAGAGGGGUGGGGUGAGAGAGGGAGAAGCGACCUGCAGAGAGGUUUCGUGCUCGAGAAACGAAAGGCUCUCGAUUGAUUUUUCGAUUGCCCGCGCUCCGCGGCCGGCCGGAAGGCCCCGCGAAACGCGCGUACUUUUGUACUCCCUACCGUUUUCAAUUUUUCACCGCGUGGUUUGUGAAAAGAAAAACAGAGAGAAAAAGCAAAAAAUAUGAGAGCAAGGGGGUGAGGGAGAGAGGGGAGGAGGAUAGGUGCCGCGCGAGCGACAAAGAUAUUUAAUCGAUUCUCAUCAUCGGCCCUUUUCAGUUCCUAUCGCAGGAUUCGAUGACGCAGGAACCCAUCGCAGACGGGGUGGUGUGGGAGAAAGAGAGAAAACAAGAGAGAAAAAGAAAGAGAGAAAGAGAGAGAGGAAGAAGAGAGUUCCUUUCGCGAGAGAAGUCGAUCCGUGGUCGCGCGCGAGCCACCGAUCGAUCGAUCGCCGCCGCCUCGAUCGCGAGACGAGUCCCAUUCUCCUUCGUUGUUCCCUCGGAAGUGUUUUUUCUCUCGCCGCCGCGCCCGUUUCGCGAUCGAGAUCGAGAGAGGCACCGCCUCUCGAGGGCCUGGAUCGCGCCGGAUCAGCGGCGAUCGAUCCGUCGAUCGGUCUCGCGCACGAGCCACCUGGUUCGAUUUGUAACGAUUAGUCAGUUUCGAAGGCGUCUGCGUACCGCGAGUCUCUUUUGAUCGGCUCGGGAGGAUCGAGGAGGAUCGAGAAGGAUCGAGGACGCGCCGGCGUUAUAUAUCCGGCUCUCUCCCCCCGUGGAUCGAGGAGACCGCGGCCUCGUUUGUUCCCCGAAACGGUACGCCGACGCGCGACGCACUCGUUCUGUAGUUUGCUAAGGCUAAUUAACGAAUAGGCUAACCUUUUUUAUUCCGAGCUGAUGUCGCUCGAACGAUCCGGCUCCGCCGAUCGGCCCCGAUCGCGGACAGACGGUGGACGAGGAACGAUCCGCGAGCGACGAUCGUCUCCCAGAUGAAGUAUCUACCUCGAUCCACGCAGCCCUGGGAGCAUCGAUCCGACGAUCGGGUCAUCGCGACGAAAGAUCGCGCGAAGCCUGUUCCACGUCGACCGUCUGCUCGCGUCGCUGUCCGGAACGGCGGAGGGUUUUCUAUGUCAGUGUUUUUAUAGCGAGUGGGGUCAACGCGGUGGUCGCGAGCCGCGACCCUCUCCGCACCGGAACCGCACCGGAACCGCCCCCCGGGAACGAUCCAUGGAUCUCGGGGCGGGAGCGAGAGGCCGGCCGCGUCGAUCGUGUUCCCCAUUUUUGAAUUUAUCGAUCGUCGUAAUCGUGUCCGUGAAUCUUCUAAUGAUAAUUAAUCGAAUAGCACAUCUAUGGCACGUUGAGGGGGGUGGGAUGGAGGGGUUGUAGGCGAUGGAGAGAGGGAGGGCGUACAAGAGGCGUGUACGACAAAGGAGGGAGGAACGGUGGCGAGAGGCGAUACAAAAAAAAACGGGGGUCUUUUGAGGACGCGGAAAGAGAGAGAAAGGAACGAAAAGAGAAAGAGAGAGAGAGAGAGCGAGAGAAAGAGAGAGAAAGGUUAUGAGUGGUUGAACUAUGAAUAGAGUUUAGCAUAUAGUCAUUAUGGGUGGGAAGACGGAGGGGUGGAGAAGGUUUGAAAAUCAUCGAUAAAUAGUAAGUUUAUGGAGUGGGGGCGGUUUUCAGGCGUAGUUAAGGGAUAAAUACUUCCUUCAUUUCGAACCGCCGGCCGCGUUUUGCCAGCGGCCGGCGCCCCAAAGAGAUAUCCUUGAAUUUCGUUGAAUAUUUUAGAGACUCGGCUCUAACUCGGUUAUAUCGCCCGCUCGCUCGCCGCCGCGGAUCCGUCCUGCUCCGCGCCGAUCCGCUCGGUAAUCGCGGGGGAAGUAAUAUUAAUAGUCAAUAUUAAUGGUCGUCGCGUCGAGACUAUUCUCGUCGGAAGCUGCGUCGCGCGGGGAUUUCGGAAAUCCUGCGGACGGCGUUAGAGAAUGAGAAAAGCCGCGGCCGGAGAGGAGGCCGGGCGCAGAAGCCGAACAGAAGCUGAACACAGAAGUUGGGAGGACGAUUCGCGAGCGGGAAGGAUCAACGGCGGCGAGCGGGCCUGGCUCGUUCUAGUGAUAGAAGGGUGGAGAAAUGGAAAAAAAUUUUAUCCUACAAUUUAUAUAUCGGUUGUUCUUCGAAGCGUUCUUUUUCACGCGGACAAUUUUUCAACGCGGUUUGAAUAAUCUAAGAAGACAAAGUAUAAAUAUAUAUAUAUAUAUAUGAAUAUAAAUAUAUAUAUGAGAAUAAAUAUGAAAUAUUAUAGAAGUCUACGAUUAAGGAUAUCGGUUCUUUUUUGUCUCUUAGUGUCUAAGGUUCUCUUUACAGCUGUGCUAGACAACUAUAGAUGUAUACAUUAAACGACAUUAAUUAAACGAUUAAACGACAAAAAAAAGAGAGAGAGAGAGGGAAGUUUGCAGAUAAGACGAAGAGAGAGAGAGAGAGAGAGAGAGAGAGAGAGAGAGAGUGGGAUUAUAGCAAGCGAACGAGUAACAUACGGAGAAGUCACGCAUGUGUACAGAGAGAGAAUAAGUCGGGGGAUGGACCCGCGCAGAAAUCGGGCCCCCGACGAUUAUGGGUCUCCUUAGGAAUAAAGAUAACACACACGUCUUGUAUCCGUUUUGUUUAGCGAUUAGACGAACACACGUACGAGUUUCGCGUGCGAACCGUGGCCGGGCGCGGCCGCAGGAUCGAGCCGGACGAUGAUCCGUAGAUCGCGCGCGGUGCUCCCGCUCGAGGGAUCGAUCACUCGGAAACUAUGAUUUUUCAAAAGGAAGACGCUCUCGAGACAAUAAAUCGCGACACGAUCAGUCCAUGGCGAAGAGAUGCACACUUUCCGAAUGAUCCGUCGAAAUUUUUCAAAAACGAAGAAAAAAGAAAACAGAAGAAAAAAAGAACAAUCUCCAGUCCGGGAACACCGGGCGCGAAACGGUAACGAUUUCUAGGAACGAUGGAAUCGCGGGGCGCGAUCCUCGGCCGCGCGCGAUCGUUUUUUUCCACGUUACGUCGACGUGUUGUCUCGCACGAACACACACACUCACUCGCGCAAAAAACACUCAAGACACGGGCACAUCCACGUACACGACACGUAUGCAGUGACAGCAGGUUACACACAACAGGAUAUAUAUGAUGUUCUUUCAGUAGACGCAAAUUAUGAAUCGUUGAGCCGCGUGGACCGUGAUCGGAAGCGCGUUCGGGCUUUUCUUACGGCGCCUCUUCCUCGUUAACGUUUCACCGGGAACGCACCGGCUCGCGCGCUCGUUAGUCCAUUUUUAAUUUCAUUCCCCCCUUCGGAGCCUUCGUCGGGAAUCGCUCGCGCAACUUCCGGCUUUCCUCGAACCGAUGGACGCCGUUUUUCAGACCCUCGCUCGUUUCUUUUUUUUUGCAUCUGGACCGAGCACUGCGUGCUAUUAAAUCGCAGUCAGAUUGCACUUCCUCCGAUUUGCUUCACCUUUCGUUAACACCUGCACUGAAAUACGUUAACCCGUUCAGAACGAUUUUCAAGAUUUUUCUCGAUUUCCAUGCAAUCGUUUUUUACACAAUUUUACGUAUGAUAUAUCGUAAUCGGUCGACGAUUUGGACAUUUUCAUAAUUUACAUAGCUAUAAUUACGUUCUUCGAGAAGCAAGCCGUAAUGCCUAAAAGUGCAUCGUAUAUGAAAUAAUCGAAUCCAGGAUUAAUUUUAUCAUUAUUUCCCGUGAAUCGGUGCCUUUAUUAUUAAAGUAGCUAUGUCAAAUAAGAUUUGAAAUCGAUUAGAAUUAUACUAGCCAAUAACACUAUUAAAACCGUGUAGAAUCAUCCAGGCAAUGCUCGCGAGUUUAUUUAUAUCAAUCCAGAACAAUUAUUAAUUGACUAUUCUUCCGAAAUAAAUGAUUUUGCUGGAAAGACACACCUCCAAUAAAUAUUAAAAUAUCUUCUCCACUCUAAAUGCAUAAAAUCUGCAAUACACUCGAAACGCGUGAAAUUCUCGCUCCGAUGAGAUUCUUUCGUCGAAUUCGAGGAAACCGGAAGUGCAUUGGCGCGAGGAGCCGACGUAACACGGGGGAUGCACGCGGAAUGGUGAUAUCUUUUUGUGAUCGAUACGAUUAAAUACACGCUCGAUCCGUAAACGUUUGGCGCGCGGAGCUGCUUCCGAGGGAUCGAGGACGAAGAUCGCGAUCGCCCUCGCGUUGGCAGCCCCGGGGCGCCCCCUUAGUUUCUUUUAAUGUGUAAUCGUACCUAUAUACCUAUAUACUGUACCGUUUUACAGUUCGUUCUUCUGUUGCAGUGUUACUUCCGUAUAGGCGACGUUCUCCUUUGAUUUCUCCUGACCGGUGCGCGUAGCUCCAUUCACCGAUCCACGAUAGUUAUAUUCAUCAGGCGCGGCCACGCGGUCCCGUGCCGGAAGUAUCGCGCGGCGUUCUGCGUCGAAAAAACGUCCGGCCGGCCUGUCGUCAUUUUCCGUUUCCGUUCGCGCGACGCGUCGUUCGAAUCCGACGACGAGAAACCCUCCACUCGUUUGUUUGUUUGAUUUCAAGCGAAUUCGCCCGGCCGAUUAGGCCGAUCAUGUUGAAUAUUUCCGCUUUUGUUUCCGGGCAUUCGGGCCGCGAGAAAACGAGCGGGAGGCGAGACAGCGACCAACAGGAGAGCUGGGAACGUUCGACAGCGAGCGACAGUGGGUUGCCAGUUGAUCGAGAACGAAGCGGGAAAAAUGGGGGGAAUGGUAAAUUUAAACGAAAUCGCGGCACUGUCCGUCGACGAACGCUACUUUAUCGAAAGACGUACAAAGUGAGAGAGUGGAGCGAGAAUAUAUAGCGAAAGAGAGAGAGCGAGAGAAAGAGAAAUAUGCAUACUAUUAACACGAAUGAAAGGAAUAAAAAAAGAGAAGAAAAUGGUGAAGUCAUCGCGAGCGUGGAGCCGGAAGGUCGAUCUGGAAACCAGCGACACGGGAGAAGAUCGAUGCUGAAAGAGAGAAAGAGAGCAGGAGGGACAAGAGGGGGGAGAGGAUCUGAGUGACAUGUGUCCCCGGGACAUUCCUUUCGGUCCACGCGCGUCGAGUCCCGAUUAAGUUUAUACAGAUUAUAAAUCUCACUCCCUCCCUUCGCGAGCAGAGGAGCAGAGGAUGAGCAACGUGGAGAGAGAGAAAGAGAGAGAGCGAGAGAGAGAGAGCGAGUGAGAGAGCAAAUAAGUAAAAGAGAACAUUCGCUGAUUCAGAGGCCACUGUUGUUUCCAAGGAAAGAGAGGAAGAGAAAGAGAGAGAGAGAGCGAGUGAGAGAGCAAAUAAGUAAAAGAGAACAUUCGCUGAUUCAGAGGCCACUGUUGUUUCCAAGAAAAGAGAGAAAGGCAAAGAGAGAGAGAGAGAGAGAGAGAGAGAGAGAGAGAGAGCGAGAUAGAGGGAAGUCGAUAUUUCCAGCGGAACCCGUGUAAGCGAAAUAAAAGAAUCGUGUAAUUAGUGUACAUUGCCCAAUGGUGUUGUUAUACUGAACGUGUUACGAGCGACGAAGAAAUUUUAUCGAGUGCGCUACUGGAGAGCGAUUUUGUUUAUUUCUUGGGCGGACGGCGGCGUUUUACGUUCCCCUGCGUCGCGCGCCCGUCGCCGUCUCGAUCGGUCCAACCGGUUUCUCCUCCGUUGAAGUGGCAAAACAGAAAAAGAAAAUGGAAAACUCGCGCAGAUUUCCGCUUUUUCCAGGAUGGGCGAGAAGAUCCGCGGAGAGGACUUUUCGGCGUGUUUCGAAGAUUUUUUUAUCGGGACCGAUCGAGAGGCGCGGGCGCUCUGCGAUCGCCGACCACGCAAAUAGUACACACACACCGGCUGUCUUUCACAGUGCGCGAUCGAUGGAGGCCGGGCUCUCGGCGAUUACACUAUUAUGCUAUAUAGCAGCUCCGGGAGACGCUCUCGUCGAGGAGAGGAGCAUUGUUGGGCAGGGAAGCAUAGUAUCGGUGCCAAAAUCGCGUUGACGGUAUUUUCGAGCCGGUUUUCUUCGGAGAUUUUUCGCGGCAGCGAUCCACACCGGGGAUGGUAGGUAGCUGGAUCUUCGCCGGGGAUCUCCGAAUCCUGAAGUUAAAAAGCUGACGAUCAUCACCCGUCCCGUCUCGUUCACGCCCCGAUCGCGGCGCAGCGACGGCAAUUUUCUCUCGGUAGGGCGCGGAGAAGAAGGUCGGAAGUUCGCGAUUUAGUUUUGCUUUUCUUCGCUCGGUGCAGUCUUCGUGGAAAAUUCGCAUCACCGUCGAUCUAUUCACGAUCCAGUGUGAAACGGAGAUCGAUCUUCUGUUCCAAUCGUUCCGGUAAAUUGCAAAUGCAAUUUACAAUAUUUACAGAUUUCUUCCGUUCUCACCGUUUUAUCGUUCUCUCGUUCGCAACGAGUCGAAAUCCUUGCAGAAACGAAGCCGUCGUUCUAUCGAACGAUCUUCCGCCGUCUUGUAGUGCGCGAUACUUUCUGAUAGACGGAGAGUUUAUCCUCCGAUCCAAUAGCAACGGAACGGUGGAACCGAACGACUCGCACAAUUGUUCGUAGAAACUUGUCCCCCACUGUUCGUCCAAAUUAAGACCUCGAAAUUGCUGACAGAGUUAACUUUUGAAGAGCGUUUGCAGCGUCGGGAACGCGAAACGGAGGCCGGAAGAUAAUGAAACAGGCGUUGCACAGAAUUUUCCAGCCGUGGCAAUGAUUCAGCUGGUAUUCCGAGCACUGGUGCGAGUCAGCCUGGUUCGUCGUUCCGAACAGGAAACAUCGAAUCGAACGAAACGAUCCAAUUCGGUCUGGCGCGGGGCAACGAGACGAGGAUCCUCUGGGUGAUAAGCACAGAUCCCGGGAGCCCGGGCCGCGAUCGAGUCGAUCCGGGGAUACGUUGGCUAAGGUACAAAUGUACAUAGGAACCUAAUGUUGUUGUUUAAACCUGUAACACCUGUUCCCGUCUGCUCUCUCGCGUGUUUCGAGCGUGCGUGGGCGUAAAAUUAGUAACGACGAGUCGCUCGCGAUCGACACAGAUGGAUCGCUGAGAAUUCUCGCUGAGGCACAUACAUGCGUACAUACAUACAUACAUACCAUACGCACGCACAUACACAUAUAUACACAUAUAUACACAUAUAUACAGAUACAGAUACAAUCGUACACGAACGUAGUAAGAGAUUAUUCCAGAGGGAAGGAGGAAUUUUUGUGUUAAUUGAAAGAGAAUCUCGAAGGAGACGAGAGAGCUAAAAGGAAAGGGAAAAGGGUGAUUGCGAGGCGAAGGUGACGAGAAAGAGACAGAGAGAAAGAGUAAAAGAGAGAAAGAGAGAGAAAGAGAGAGAGUGAGGUUGAUAGAAGGAAGCUGCUGAGAGGCGGAGGAUCGAUAAGUUAAUCGACUUAGCUGCUGAGACAAUUGGUUCACGGCUCUUCGGCGUGCUUCGUUUCGUUUCCUCGGAUUUAUUUCCUCUCCCCUUUCCCGAUCACCUUUUACGGUCUCCUUCCUAGAUAGCCCUCUUACAUUCUCUGGUUUUUACGAGCCGUGAUCCAAUCGAUCGAAACUUCAAGAAGAGAAAGAGAGAGAGAGAGAGAGAGAGAGAGAGAGAGAGAAAGAGGAAGAAAGAGUGAGUGAGUGAAUGGGUCUCGUUACGGGAAUGAAAGCAAUUGUGCACGUGGAACCGAGCGAAAGAUACAGAGAAAGAGAGAGAGAGAGAAAGAGAGCGAGAGAGAGGGAGAAAAAGUGAGAGAGAACACGUACAUACAUACACACGAGUAGUACACACACGGAUACACGAAGAUUCUAUUACUCGUCGCGCAUCAUGGUUCAAUUCUCGCUUCGUUACGUUAGGUUUUUUCGUUCUCGCGUGGGUUGUAUUCGUAUAGAUUCUCAGGACUUGCGAUGGGCGUACUGGUUCCCCCUCUUGCGAACGAUCGGGGAUCGAUCCGACCCCUCUGGAUCUCGACUAAGAAGACCGUGAAAUACUGUCAAAGCUUCUCGGACGAUGCUGCGAUCCUUUUCGAUCCCAAAUAGAAACACCGAUCUCGUUUCGAAGGUGGGAUCCUGUUGGUCCGAGGAUCGAUCGAUCCCCGAAUCGUCUCGAGAUUCUUCGCCGAUUUCCGAGCGAUCUGGAUCGCCGGUUUUGCGAGACGGCGAGGAGCAAGAGGAGGAAGGAUUUGAACGGAAGCGAAGGAUGGAAAGUCGACGGCGCGGCGUCGAUCGGCGAUCGAUCGGCGCCGUCGAUCGUUAUAGCUGGUAGUCUCCCCCAGCCCCGAAAAUGGCUAUAAUAAUGGCCAUCAUUUCCUCACGGGGUUUCAACCGAUGUGUCUGAAUGGCGUGUGGAUGUUGCUACCUAACCAACUCCCCUCCCCUUCGUACAUUUAAUCGCGUUUACGGUGUACUAAUUGUGUAUAUAUCCUACUAUUAAUCAUCAUCGUUGUGUAUCGCUCCCUGUUCCCUUCGGUGGUAGCCUUUUCUAGUAGACGUAGUUUCUCGACGAUUUCUCAAACGAUCGCACGACUAUUCGCACGGAUCGAACGCUACGGCGGCUCACCGGAAACUGGAAUAGAUCUCUACGAUCAUCGGGGAACGAUAGCCGAGCGUCGGUGUUCCGCGAUCGGCCGAUCUACGGGUAGCAAACUUUCCCUUAGUCUUAGCUCUAGAAUCGCAAUAACGUAGUCCAGUGUGGAUCGAUCGAUCCGAACGAGGAACAGCGACGCUCCUCCAGGAUUUUUCAGGGAUCCGAGAGAAAGAGAAAGAAAGAGAGAGAAAGAGAGAGAGAGAGAGCGGAUCCGUUCGCCUGGAGAUCGACGAUCCACGGCGAGGGAUUACGAGUUGGUCUGUCAAAGUGGUCAGUGUCCUUUCCAGCGAAUCUCGAGGCGAACGAGGCAACCGCUGUGUUGGCGCUUCGUUCUAUUAUCUCGACGGUGGAUCCGCGGGAUCCAUGGAUCGAGCUCGUUUCGCACUUCGGCGCGUUUCUUCUGUAUUCUCUCGGGAACGAAUCUCGCGGCAGGGAGAAAGGGAGGAAGCGAUCGCGAGAUACGAGGAGAGGUAAAGUCUUUCGUGUAACUGAGAACGAUAAGCAAUUUCCUUUUUUUUUCGAUAAUCGAUUAAUACGUAAUCAGUCGGUGUUUAAUUAUGUGUGUGUUAGGAUACGUAAUCGUUUGUUCUUUUGGGAAAUGUAAACGCGCGGACAUAUCCGCGAUCGCGGGGGCUAUGUGGCAAAAAUGUGAAUUUGAAUUUCGUGGGUUUUUCGCGGGCCGCGCGAAUAAACGGAGACUUUUCAUUAGGGUGCGAACGUUUCGGGGGCAUUUUAAUUCGGCUGUGUUUUCGAUUAAGGGUGUGGGGGGGGAAAGAGUGUGGGGAGAAAAUUCGGGGGAACGCGAAAUUUGUCGAACAAAAAAAAAAGAGGAGGGAAGGGAAAACGAAGAAUUGGCGGCGCGGGUGUGUAAGAUUAUAAAACGCGUAGUUUUGUAUUUCGGUAAGGCUUCGAAAUUUAGAUGUAUAAUUUUUGUACCCUAUUUUUUUAAGCGAUCGCCGAGUCGAUCACGAAACGAGAUCGGGCAAACAAGGGUGUCGAGCGUAGUACGUCUUGAACGCGCCAGGACUUUAAGUUUAGUUUAAGCGUAGAACCGCGUAAUUUAUUGCUAGUUCUUUGCGAAACGAGGGGUAUAAAAAAAGAAGAAGAAGAAAAGAAAACAAUAAGAACGAGAGAAACAGCAGGCGAACGAGCGUAUUGGAAAGGAUAAAAAAAAUGAUGGAAGAAGAGACCGCUGAUAGAGAGAAAGAACGGAGGAAACUCUGAUCGGGUUUCUGCUCCGUUCGGCCCUUUCGAUAGGAUCGAACUUUCAAAUUGAGCCCGCGCAGGGUGAAAGAAGUUCUCGAUCGAGGGAAGCUUCACCGGAGGAAAAGAGAGAAAAAAAAGAAGAAGAAACACCGCAAGGAUAUUUCUCUCGCGCGCGAAACGAUCCGAGAACGAUUCGAGAGCGACGAACUGAAACAAGAGAAACGAAUGGGAUCCCUCCGGAAGACAGAGAGAGAGAGAGGACGGAUCUCGGACGAUCGUAACGAUCCGCGAAGCCCGCGUUCUUUUAGCUGUAGACAUUUUCUAACGCGUGUGUUUUAGCAUGUACUAAUUAAUUCGUAGACAUUUAAAUCGGAUGAUAGAGCGAGGAGGAGGAGAGAGAAGAAUGAGGCGAUGACGGGAGGUGAGAAUUAGAGAGGGGGGAAUAACCGAUCGGACGGCAGGCAUGCGGGAACGGAUGUAAUAAGGGAUGAUGAUGAUCGUAAUAAGGAGUUAAGAGAAAAAAAUACGAACACAAGCAAUUUUCUUGUGGCAUUGCGAAAGCAAGGAAUUAAACAAUGCUGGUAGUGCGGACCAAACGGGACAACUGACAGAGAGUUUUUCGAAUCGGGGAAACGAAGAGGGAAGGUUGGGAAAAAGGGACGCGCGAAGGAUUUGGAAGAACAAACAGAAAGAGAGAGAGGGAAGGGGAAAGAGAGAGCGAGAGAGAAAGAGGGUAAUUUGAGAGAGAAGAACGGAGAUUGGAGAGACGUUUGUCAAGGUUGUUGGGAAUCGAAAGCGAAGAGAAAGUUGCGUGGAAAAUUGCCGCUCCUAUCGGAAAUCAACGUCUAAACUCGUUCGUAGUGGUUUAAACUUUUCUCAAGGGGGUGUCUCUCGAACGAUCUUCGGGGGAUGACAAAUUCUCCGACUGGAUCAUCUGCUCUCUUUUCGAAUAGUUCGCGUGGCCGCGCAUUUAACGGCGCGGGCAACGCGGUGGGUGCCGAUCUAUGCGCUAUAGAUCAAAGACUGUCCCUCGGUUAGGUAGGCUUUUUCGAAUUCAACAAUCGCUCCGGAGAAAUCGUUCGAGAGGCUUGUUGCCGCCCCCGGCAAUCCAUGAUUGGCUACGUGGUAUUCGAAAGCGAUACACCAUUAACGUUUUAAGGCUUAACGGAAUCUUUCUAUCGGGCUCGGUGCGUUUAUCUGUCAGGGUAAGGCUUGCUGUCGCGCGGUGACUGCGUUUUCACUCGCGUUUCAGCCGCCUCGCGCACAAAUCCUCGCUAAUCUGUGCAACCACGGGCAAAUACCAUCGUUAUUAUCUUCCGCGAAGUUUUCGAAACUUGAUUUUUCAAUCGUCGACGUUUCUUCUUACCGGUGAUCGUUGCGUCACGAUUUCACGUCAUUUGAAUCUGCACGAUUUCCGUUGGAAAUAUUCGCUCCUACAGCUGCAAUCGGUUUUUUAUAUUUUUUUACACAAUCGAAAUAAGUAUGAUUUCAGGUAAAAAAUGUUGGUAAUACGUUUUGAAAAUCUCCGAGAAUAUUGGGAGUUUGUUUCUUGAUUUAGCAAUAUUUCGGACGUCUUUCUCUGAAAGAUUCUAUUAUAGAUAUUUUCCCUUUAAUAUUUUUAACGAAUAACAAUUUCAUCUAUCAACUUACGUUCCUCCUUUAAUUUCGCUAUUAUAGAUUCUUAUCAAAUUUGCAUCGCUUUUAUUUCCCUGGCUUUAUAAAAAGGAGCGUAUCGUCGAUAGACAAAUGAAUUAUUAUCAGCGAAUUUCGCAUUAAAAAUGCAACAAUUUCGAGCAGCUGAGAGAAAUUUCUCUUUGGGAUUACAAAGUAUAUAGCAUCGAGGAACGCGUCUUAUCAUUUUCGCAACUGGUUCCGCAAUUUUCGAAGAUAUCACGCAGAUAUUCCUCGAAUCGAUAGAUCACUAUAGCGCGAGGUUAUGUGGAGGGAGCUCGAGGAGAAAGCGUCGCCGACGCGACGGUCCGAUCGGCGUGAUUUCGGGAUUUUUCGAACGCACCUGCAUAAUCGCACGCGAACUAUAAAACGCGCCCCCAUCCCCUGGAUCAGCUGCGUCGACGAUCAUCGUUGUUGCGGGAACGUUGUUCCGGGAACGAUGGAUCCGAUCGACGACAGGGAUGAUCCACGUAGGUUACCCUUUGCUCGUAGACGGUUAAGCAUGCGAUCGAAGCUGUCUCCCAUUUUUGUAGCUUAUAGUCGGAACCCGGGCGCGUUCGGAUCUCGGAGGAACUCUGACAACGGUAGAAAGGAGAGAAAAGGAGAUAGAGAGAGAGAUGGAGAGAGAGGUACGCGUUUAUGCUCGGCGAUGGAGCGAGAUAAUUGUCGGAGGAUCCUCGAGAAAUCCGAGCGCGCCUCAUUCGGUGUUUAGUGAUCUCGAGUGAAUGAGGAGAGCGACUGUCGAAUGAGAGGAUCUGUACCCAUCGCUAGCGAAUAAUCAAGGAUGAAAAGAGAGAGAGAGAAAGAGCGAGAGAAAAAGCGAGAGAACGAAUGAGAGAGAGAGAGAGAGUAUGCUAGAGGAAGAGAAAGAGAGAAACAGAGUGAGAGACCUUUUGGAAUGAGAAGCUCCGUUUACCGAACCGUGUUCCGGAAGCCCUUGUCCGAAUUCUCGUUGGCUGAACCACUAGCUUUUCCUUUCCGUUCCACCGCGUUUUCUUUCGUCGAACAGGAGAUCAAGAGAGAAAGAGGCGGACAGAGAGAAAGAUUGAGAGAGACGGGACCCGGUUCUCCCGCGAUCCAGCCACGAAACUGAAAGCAAACGGGGGGAGGAUAGGAGGAGCGGGGAGGCAAUCGCGAUGCGCGGGUUGUUUGACGGAUUAUUGCAUCGCAAAUAGACUUCGAGAGAAGACGAGGAGAGAGAGAGGAAGCGAGAGAGAGGGGGGAAGGGAGGAAGGGAUCGUCCUUUAUUUCGAAUCACAGGAUCGGCGAUCCUUCGUCGACACUAUUUAAUUUAAUUGGCAGACGUCUCGAGUGCUGUGCAAAUGAAGAAAGCGGGAGAGAAGAGCCGCGCGCCUUUCUUUCUUUCUUCCUUUCUUCUCCUCGUAGCUAUUUUCCCUUUUUUUUUCUCUCCGCGGGACGAACAACGUUCUGAAUGAGCGGAGAGGCGGAGCCGAGGAUUGCAUCGUAGAGACAAUGAAUGGGUGAAAAGGGGCGGGGGGAGGAGAGUCUCUGAACGAUCGCGGAGGCUCUAAUUGAACUCUGCACCCUCUCGAACGGGGCGCUUCUGUUUCGUUUCGUGGCCGACGAUCGCGGGAAAACGCGUCUCGCUCUUUAGCCUACCCGGCCGCCAGCGAGCAACUGCCCUGUCGCCGCCAUUUUCUUUCGACCGCUACGAAGGAAGUUCUUCGGUACGCCGUGGAUUUUUAAAUCGGGAGGAUCGAACUUUUGAACCCUUGCAUCGUCGCCGUCGGGCCGUUUUAGACAUUCAUAUCGAUUCUGCAUAGCUGCGUUACGAGAUAGUCGGUUUGGCUUCGUCGGGGCGCGUCUGUAAAAUAGUUACGAUCGAGGUGUCUGUCGUUCGCGCGACGAUUUUGUUGUAGAGCGAGCGUGAUUAUUUAAGCAUCAAAUUUCGUUUGUCGGGGAACAGACGCUCGGGAUGGUUAAUGUAAAGAAAAGUAUAUAAUGGGAGACGGAGAAGAAGAAUGGAGACACGGCCGGGAUUCGAUUGUUGUUCUCGUUAAAGGGGACGCGUUCGCGUCGAGAAGAAGAAUCGAAUCGGGAUCGAGAUCGUUGAACGGAGAUUUUAAGCUAAGAGAUGUUCGCAUUAAGAUGAAUUAUAUGCAGCGCAUAAAAACGGUUGACAAAGAGACAAAAUAAAAGAGAUAUUUAGAAAACGAUCGUGUCGCGACAUCGUGAACACGAUAAUCGCAUGGAAACUGACUUUUCGAUGUUUGUCUGGUACAAAAGAACGCAGAUUUAAAUAUCAUUACCGACUCGAGCGGGGGGGUGCAAGGGUUGAAGGGACGUUGCAACGUCGCGAUGCGCGGAGAGAAGAAUCGCAUAUAGGGUUGCUUUCAGAGGUCGCAUCUAUCUUCCAGAGAACAGAAAUUCAAAUGCUCGCGAGAAUCCGUCUGAGGCCGAGAAUUAAAUCGAGGAGGUCUAAUUAGUGGUUGUUGAAAUUUUUUAGAGGAUUAUGCUCGACGGAAAAUGGCGGCGUUUCUCCUUUAUUUUACGGCGCAGCGUUGGCGGAACCGCGGUCCGCUCGAUACCUCCCCUAUAAGAGUACAAAUUUUUCUAACGAAUAAUUAUAUUCGAGCGACGGAUGGAGUUCGAUUGACACGAGGAAGGAGGGACUGGACGAGACAGAAGGGAGAAUGACGAUGCGAAUGAGCCGACGAGCGAAUGUCUGCGAAAGGGAGAGCGAGAAUGAGCGAGCGUAGAACGAUGCGAAACGAGCGAAUGAUGAAAGGUAAUAUUAGGAAGGAAGAGUAACGUUUAACGAUGUUUUCCCUGGUGGUAGGAGUUAUUAUUGUCUUGAUUCAGCGACAGAAUUAACAAAUCGGAUCUAUUGUAUAUGGUCACGUACCGCAUACUUAUCUAGAAUUAGGCUCAUUCGACGGGAGUAUGUAUAUUAUUACAUACAAACGUGAACACACACACAUAUAUAUAUAUACAUAGAAAUAUAUAUAUAUAUAAAUAUAUAUUAUGCAUAUAUUACAUACGCACCUAACACUUGCAUCGAUAUACCGGCACGUUAACGAUCUAUAUACCACCGUCGACACUUAAGACCAGGCUGCAAACGAUUUAUCUGUCUCGAUCCCGAAUUCUCUCAGGUAACGCGUCUUUGGGGAACCCGCGACGCUCUCGCCGCGGAAAUCCUGCUUCUCAGGACCCGUGGAAUUCGUCGCAGGAUCGUUUACGCGCGAUCCGCGAUAAAUGCGAGCUCGAAGAAUCGUUCUUUCGUCGAGCACGAAUCCUUGCGUGACGCGAAUCUCUCGAGGAAUUAUCACCGUUUAGUUCGAGAUAUGGAUCCCGAGCAAAUCGAAUUUCUUUUAAGCCUUCAAUCAAGCAAAUUCGAGCAACGCGGAAUUUCGACGCGAGCUCGAAUUUCAACGCGAAGAUUCAUCGGAUGCUGUGCGUAGUUAAUUUUAGUUGAAUUUUAAACAGGAUCCUCGGAUCUUUCGAACGGCAAGGCAAAACGAAACUUCCGGGGGCGCGCGGGGGAUCUUGUAAAAAAAAUAGGACCGGGCUGGCCGUGAAAAAUCUGUCAAAGAGAAUGCCCCGUUGGACCGUGAAGAUAUCCCGUUUUAAUCGUGGAUCGACGAAACGAUCGAGUUCUUUCGAGAGAUAGAAGACGGGGGCGGUUUUCGGGUUUCCGCGGGUAGCGACCGGGCCCAUCGGCGUUCUAAACAAACUCGACCCGCCCUCUUCCCUUCGGCCGACAGAAAAGAAAGGAAAAGGGAAUGGGCGGCCCCCCGUUCGGCGAGUAGAGCCCCUCGAAAUCCUGCUGAGCCGGUCUUAAGUGCGAUGGCACAAUUACCGCGUAUCAAAGGGAAUUAACGACAGGACUUAGCGCCAAGAUUCUUUCCGUGGUCGUCGUCGUCCCUGUAGGAAUGAGAAAGGAAAACGUGAGAAAUGGAACCCUUAAGCUUUUUUCGAAAGGUGGAAUCCAAUAAUCGUAGAUAGAAGUUCUCGGUGUGUGCGUGUGUGCGCCGCUGCGCGCGUGUUUUAUUGCAUGCAGCCUAUCCCAAUUUAUCAAGUCAAUCGCCGAUUUUAAUCUUCUAGGUGUCCCCUUUCGUCCUCAUUAAUAUACAUUCUAUGGAGUAGCUAGUUAGUCUCGAUUACUAAGGUUGCCGCGUAACAGAGGAAAUAGCGAUUAAGCAGAGUGGAGGAGUCUGGCUCAGAUUCCUGGCAAUCGUAUUAUAAUUAUAUUCGGCUGUCCGCAAUUCAUUUCGGUUUUCCCGCAUCGCGCGCGCGCGAAACAACGUCGAAUUUCCGUUGCAUUCUGUACUAAUUUUUUGUCGUCGCCACGUUUUUUCAAAAUCGGCUCUUUCGCGAAUCGGUAAAUAACUACACGAAAUUGUGAUUUUCUUUUUUAAGACGAUCGAUCGAUAUUGCGCUGUUAUUUCGAGGAUUAAUUGCAAAAUUAACUGCAGAUUUCACUGCUUCCCUAAAUUCGUGUGAAAGUAUACGAACUUAGGUUCAGAAUAAAACGCGAAUCAAGAACGUUUAGCGCGCGAUCCCUUCGAACACAGCGAACCGGGGAGCCGAAAUUUGUUGCCGGACAGCCCGAAGCAAUAUAUAUAAUAGAACGGAAAAGUGAAAAAAAAAACGAAAAAAGAAACACGCAAGAAACAAUGCAAAGGUCCACGUACACGACACUCGGCACACAGAGUAGCUCACUCACACAUGUCCAAUCGAACCGAUCGUGAAUCACCGAUCACUCUACACUCAACUAAUAACGAGCAUAUAAUUCCCUUGACCCGACAUUUUCGAAUGAUCCCGUGCGACAUGCUCGGUCGUACUUCCGCCAGCGAAUUAAAAAGAUAUUGUAAAAUAAUCGCGCCGACAGCUCGGCCGUCCUUCGAUCGAAUUCUCGAAGAAGUUCGUCUUGGGUUUCGCGAUCAUGCAGCUUGGAUAGCUUGCUCGAGGUCCGGAAAUCUUGAGAAGUUCCAUCGAUUUGUGAUCUUCGUCGGCGCAGCAAGUAGAUCCGAUAUUUCGAAGCAUGCUCUUGCUGGUUCUCCGUCUUCGAAGCCGCGGUUUUUCGGACUCACGCGAAUGAACAAUCGAAUAGGCCUCGAUCUUGGUUUCCGAGGGGGCUCGGUGAAGUAAAAGGAAGCCGAGAUUCGGUCGAGAGACGGUUCCCGAGGUGUCGGCGAGCAGCAGAACUGCCGAAAUAAGACUCGAGAAACAUAAUUGUUCCAGCCUUCGAAUUUCCCGAGACGUUUUUAGCCGCGUGUAUUUCUAUCUCCGUGAAUUUCGACGCAUUUACAGGUGACUUCAGACUGAUCUUUCGUAGAUGAUCUCUAAAUAAUCCUAGGAACACCGUGCCACGCGGGGGAAGAUCCCUUGGGGCGAUCCCACCCACGUCGACCAUCCAAAAUCGAUCAUUUCUCGUUUCGCUUUCGAUGCAAAACACGAAGAAAACACGAAAAGUUCCGAUUAUUUUCGCGAAGAUCUAUCGUUGCUCGGCCGUGGACGGUCAUCGGACGGACAAAAAAAAGAAAAAAUCGACGAACGACGGCGGGAUUAGGUUUACCUGGCGACUCCAUAUCCGAUCCGGUCAAGACUUCCUUGAGGGUUCGCAUAUUCGUAGACUUUUUUACUCGAUCGCCGGGGAAGACCGACGUCCUGCCGCAGGAGAUUACACGUAUACACAUAUAUAGAGAAUAUAUUUUUGAUAAAAAUCUACUCAAAAGUGAUCUGCAAAAAAAAAGGAAAAGAAGGAAGCGUUUCGGUGGUAGAUGGCGGUGGUUAGCGUACAUCGUCCUCGGCCGAGCAGUUUUUCAAUUGUUUUCCCGCGAAUCAAAGAUCAAAUUCGACAGUUUCUCCGAUGGAAAUUUCGUUUCUCUGCCGCGGCGUGUGGGUGGCGUCAAUUCGAGGAUCGACCUCGGCACAACCCAGUUCGAUAUUCUGUCUAAAAAAAAAGUCGACUGAGCUUUCGAUUAGGGAAUUCAGGUAUUUUCGAUUAACCGUUUUACGGAGGAAAUGGAUCAGAGAGCUUUCGCACAGGCGAGCUUACGGCCAGGCUUGCGCGUCGUUCGAACAAUAUGUUUAAAUAAACGAAAAUUAACAAUUCAUCAAUUCGAUUUUAUUCCGAAGUAAAUGUGCAUUAAUUUUGGUAUCGAUAAUUUCAUUCUUCGAACAAGCGUUUCUUUGGAACAUUUGUAAAAACUUUGAAUACAAAAAUAUUUCCAAAACUGCGAUAAAACUUUAACCUUCGUUCGAAUGCGAUAAAGCCUGCGACAGGCUAAAACGAUACUUGUUCCACAAUCUUGUAAAAACAAAGCUAGCUCACAUCUCAUAUUCGCACGAAAAUCUGCAGUCUGCUUUGUUGCAACGUCGAUGCCAGUCUAGCGAAACGUUCGAGAACGAUCGAAAUCGGAGAUUAUAAUUCGAUCGAACGAAUCGACGACGUGUCCAAGCCUGGUUUCGAUGAGCUCGGCAUCAUCGGGAAUGGUUCGACAGCGCGUUGAUUUCUGCCGCCACGAUUCAAGAUCGCACUGUUCAGGCUCAGACAGAGGAACUCCGCUUUCGGGUCCUAUAUUCAGGUAACGCUAGGUAGAAACAGUAAGCAUAUAAGAGAAGCACAGACGUUUCGUCUCGCCGGAACUAUCUAAUUCUAAUCGAUAACAUAGUAGGUGUUAGAGUACUCCGAGCAGCGAAUACGGCGUAGCAGAACACCCCCUCCGUUUCAGGGAAAUUUCCUUGGAGACGCGUGACGAGCACUUCCGGUUCGGUGCUCGCCGAUUACAUAUUCAUUUUCAGCCACACGCUCGUCGAUCUCUAACUAUGAUCGACGUUCGCCGAUAUCCGAGGACAGAGACGGGUUUCGGGUCUCGUUUUGAAGCCGGAUCAAUCAUUCAGUGGUUUCUUUGAAGAGGUCUUGACGUAACGAAUAAUUAACGGUGAAUCGGUGAUGUCGUUUUAUUCUACCAAUUACGGUCCUCUCUUUGUCCUUACAGAGAAAGAGAGAGGGAGAGGGAGACAGAGAGCAGAGUGAUUUUUGUUCAAUCUCGUCCGGGAGUUGAUUCAGUUUACCACCCGUCUCUGCUAGCAAUUGCACGACAUGCUGUCGGUCGUAAGAGUCUACACGCGUUCUAAGCGAACCUCGAUAAUUGAUCUUGCAUAUUUAUAUCGACGUCGAUUAUUCGCUUAUCAAUUCGGACCGGUCGUAUCCUCGAUGCAAAUGUAUUCUGCACCGAUUCCGCAGGAGUCAAGUGGAAGUUGAUUUUCGCAUCUGAACAACUUCGGCAAGAUGACGAUAAUACGCGAGCGUCUUUUGUUUUUAACAAACGUUGCGUAGAGAAGCAUUUUUUCCGUGGCCCGUUUGAAUCCGAUCGCGCGCAUCGUUCCGCGAUGCAACGAAUCGCAUAUUCGAUCCGCUUCGAACUGCUUGGCGCGGUGCAAACUCUUGCGACCGACAGGCGAAUAUCCCGCGUGGCCUCCGUCGCCAAUUGUGUAGACCGCGGUGAGGACAACACCUAAUCACGAUACAAAGGAAGGAAAAAGAAAAAGAAAUAAGGAAAAGCUAACACAAGAGUAUAUUAUAAUUAUUAGGAAGAAAAAUAUAAUUCGUGCUCGCACGCACGACGUGUACCCGGUGAAGUGAGGCCGGGUAUACCUCGGUUUACAUCCCGGUCGUCUCUCACCAGAGACAACACACACCCUAUUAAUUAUCAUUCUAUCGUUAGAGUAUAAGAGUUGAUAUUUAAGAGUUCGUAUUUGUAAUAAUUGUAUGCGAACUAUACUUGUUUGGUUGGCUUGAGGGCGAGAGUCUAACUCGGGUGUUAUUAGAUACUACGCUGUACCUUUAGCUGGCGGGCGACAUCAACAUCCGGCGGCGAUCUAUCCGGUUCGCUCGAUCUGUCUCAUGCGAUCGACGGUGAUCCGCCUCGACGAUCCUCGAAUCGUUUCUUUCACAACAAUCAACCGGCCGAUAUCUCUUAUCCGUGCGGAUCUUUGGCCGCGAACGCGGCUCGAUCCAGUGAAAAAUCUACGAUCGCCGUUUUAAAGUUGUAAGAUAUAUCUUAAUCUUUAGAACACAGUCUCUUUUAAUUUAUGUAUCCCCUAUUAUUUAUUCUACUGUAUAUUGUAUCCAUGGGCGUGGCCCUCAUAAUAAAUUGCUAGCAAUAAAGAUUCGAGCUGUACAACAAGGCUUGUAUAAAUUGAUCACGUUUUCGACAGCGAUCGGAACAAUCGAUUCUGCGACGAUUAUUUUGUUCAGUUUGUUCUUUUUUCUUUCUCGAUUCGAUUAGCUUCCAGUAUUUUUCUUCGGACCCGGAGACGCGUAAUCUGUUUUCGAAAAAUCUCUUCUCGAUCCAGAGGAGACAUAUUAUCAUCUUCGUAUUUUUCUUUUAAUUAUAGCAAGCGUGAUCACGGUUUAGAAAAUUCUUAUUAAUCGCGUUGAAAAAACAUUCUUUUCUGUUCGAGAAAGCGCGACGAGCUUCCAACAAAUUUCUAUCCGCUCCAGACGCUUGUGAUCACGGAAUGAUCUUACGAGAGAAAAAUUUGAAAAAAAAAACGUCUGCGCACCAAAUUCGCGAAAACGUUUCGGUGCGGCGUAAUUCGAUUUCCGAAAGAGCGUCUCUUCCGUAAGAGCGCCGCGCGGCGAACGCUGAGCCGGCGAAGGAUACAUCGAGAGAUUCCUUUAGCAAACAAACCCGGAACCCCAUCAGCACCGUGCGAUCCCCCCGUUAAUCCGAUCCGGAUCUCGGCGAGAUCGGAUCACCGGAUCAGAGGCUGUAAGAUCGUCGAUCGUCGAGCGGAACGCGUCGCUGUUGUCUGCGAACCUGGCGGGACAAGAAGCGGGUUUGUCGAAACGUUAUAUCGAAUGCGUACAAAACGGGGUAGGGGGAGGGGUUGGGGCGGGGCGGAUCGUGUUUUCGACGGUUGGCGGUUGGGGCUAAGUAAAUUCUCGUCGGGCCCUCGCCUGCGAUCGGCUCGUCGCGGCGACGUGUUCCCGACGCUGGGCGUCGGACUCGUCACGCGCGCGCGGGGCCGGCCGCGAGGCUCUCUGGAGAGAAGCGACAGAAACUGGGUGGGACUGAAUCCUUCGAGGAGGAUCGAGAUCACGCGGCGUGGAUCCGCGAGCAAGCAAAAGGGAGGAGAGGAGAAAAAAUAGCGAGAGAACGGAGAGAGAGAGAGAGAGAGAGCGAGAGAAUGAGAGAACACGCCGCGCGCCCCGGUGUGCCCGCCAGCGACUUCGAGGGGAAGAUAGACGCACGAAGGAGCGGAAAGUAACGAAGAGGGAUGAUUUACGGUUGAAGAAAAGAAAAAAAGAGUAUAUUAUCGAUAAGCUGUGUCGAUCGAAAGCUAGUGCUUAAACACGUGUUGCGGUCGUUUCUUCGAGAAUAGGAGAACGAGUUCUUCCUGAGUAGGAGAAAUUGCGAACGGGGGUGUGCUUGCAAGUGGCGUACAAAGAGAGGAAUUAAAAUAGAGAGAAAGAGAGAGAGUGUGAGAAAAAUAGAGAGAAACAGAGGCCUAUUGGUGGGGGAAGGUGGGAUCGGGGCGAGAAGUCUCGAAGAAACGACUCGUCUUUUUUAGUCUUUUAAUAUUUCACUCGACGGAGACGUCGUUGGCGACGGUCGGGCUCUCUCGUGGCCGUUGACCCGGAUUUUCAGGGACAGUCAGAGGGUCAAGGUCACGGGGGAAAGAAGGAGAGCUGGCAGAAGGGAGAGAGAGAAAGAGAGAGAGGGAGAGAGAAGAGCACGCUCUCCGUGGCCGUCGGCAUCGUCGCGCUGGAUGCGAGUUCGCGUUAAUUAAUCGAUGCUCUUAGACAGAGCGGAGGACACGGUUAAUAUGGUCCUGGCAGUUUUUUCGGGCUCACGCGUCCCUUUCGGCCGCGUCCCCCUCGCCCCCCGGCUCCGGCCAGCCCCGCCCGCGGUCUUCUGCUUUUCCUCUUCGACUAUUUUCCACCCUUCGAGCCUGCUCGAAGGGUCGAUCGUUCGGUUGUUUCCGUUUCUCGGUGGGCACGGCGACGCAGCGACAAUGGUCGACGACGGGGCUUGACGAAAGGGACGUCGACGACGAAGUACACUGUACACACUUAUUAAGCAUUAAAAUUGCAUUACGGUUUACUACGCGCCUAGGUUUACGUGGCGAGAGUGACGUGAGAAAGAGAGUGAGUGAGAGAAGAAGAGAGAGAGAGAGAGUGAGUGCUAGGGACUGGCGCGAAUGGCAGCGAGAUGACAGUGUUUCGCGUGCGAGGAUCGAUGGGUGUGCGUACGGAUGAUGAUUAUGAAAAUGACAAACGGAAACGGAUUCGCGUGAGAGACGCGAUUAUGUAUAGAGAAGAAGGAUGAGUUUACGAUGAGCGAGAGGGAGAGAGAGAAAGAGAGAGAGUGCGAAUGACGAGAGAAAGGAGAACUAACCUCGGUGGUAAGACGAUUUAUUCAAUAAUUAUUAUUAUUAUUGGGUGAGAGAGAACGGACAAAAGAAGAAUACGAGAACUCGCGGAAUAAAAUGAUGAAAAAAGAAACAGAGAAAAGUGUGGAGGAGAAUACAAUUUAGCGUGUGAGGAUCGAGCUUUAUACCGCUUUUAUAUGUUUAGUAAUGGAAUACCUUUACAAUUAAAGAUUAAAUGAACAAAAAAAAAUAAUAAUAAUAAUAAUGGUAAUAAUGAAUACAACAAAAAAAAAACCUACGCAAACCUACUAUGUAAUUGACUAUUCUCUAUAUGCGAAAUACAUAAACAUAAUAUAUAUAUAUAUAAAUAAAUAUAGAUAUAUAUAUUAUUAUUAUAAUGAUUAUAUAUUAUUAUGAUUAUUACGCUAUGAGAAUACGAGUACGGAUGAUUUUAAGGAAAGUAUACAUAUUAUAUUAAUAAACAUUUUUUAAUGCCACUAUCCUAAAGAUACUGGUGAAAUGAAGUGAAAAAAAGAUACAAAAAAAAAAUAAGAAAAAAUCCAUUGAAA